AUGAGUUCUGGUAUUUAUCCGAGUUUUGUUGCACAGGAUUUUGAUGACGAGCUCAUUGCACAAGCAGCAGGUAUAUUGACUCAGCCUAUGGAGAAAUUAGGUCCUAUAUUAGAAAAAUUGCUGAACGAAUCAGCUAAAGAAUUAUUACUUUGCAUUUUACGCAUUUUAAUCGAAUCAAAAUUCACAGAUAACACUGCAGCCAUUCUUGGAUGGUUCGUCAUCAAUAAAUUAAUUCCUACACCUACACAAUAUUGUUUAUUUUCAAAUAUUCUACAGUAUCGAAAAACUUUAGAAGGUCUUCACUCAGUAAUAGUCUUCACUCGUGCUAUACUACCUCAUAUUUAUAAAUAUCCGAUGUUUUGCAAGGUUUUAGCGAAUACUCCUCAAUUACGUUUUUUAGAUUCAGACUUAUUCCUACUACUAACACAAAUCUACGAUGGUGAAGCUAUUACAUUUGAAAAUCACGAUACUAAAAGUCAUUUUAUUCUUCCAGAAAAAAGAAAAAAAUUUAUUCCGAUUCAAAUCAGCCCUCCUCCGCCAGAUGUAACAAUAGAUUCCAAUACUUCUCCACGCCAAAAUCUCUUUGGAUCCAUUGAUUUUGCUCAAAACCUUACAGGAGAAUCUCAAAGACAAUUUUUAAUCCAAGUUUGUCUAAAAUUCAAGCCUCCUACCACUCAGAUUGACAAUCUCCCAUUAUUACAAGCAGCUUGCGACUACUUAAAACUCCUACUUACAUCAGUCCGUGGCAUUGGAUGGACAUAUUACACUGCAUUACCAUGGAUUGCUCAUAUGGGAUCAUGGAUUGGUGCAUUGUCAAUAGAUUAUGGUCGUCCGCCUCCUUUGUACAUGUUAGACAUUAUUCGGAUCCUUAAAGAAUCAGCACAAACUGGAUCUUUUGGUGCAGCGAUGUUUUUCACUUUGAAAUACUUCAGCAAAGCAUCAUCCAUCUACAAUCCGCCUUGCCCUUACACGUGUGCAUGCAUGGAGAUCAUGGCAGCCAUGUUGCAUGUGAAAGGAUUGAGAACAGACAUCUGUAACAUGAUCUACAGUUUCGCGAACAGAUUCAAAGUUGAUAUUGAAAAUUAUUACAGAAGAGACAUUGAUAUUCCUAUUGAUUCCUUUGACAGACAAUUCGUAUUUGUUCAAGAGGCCGAAGGCAAUGUUUUCACUAAACAAACAGCCGACAAAUCAGCGACAUUUACUCAAGAAGAUUUGGAAAUUUUCUUCAGUUACAAACCAAAGUUUUCUUCCAUUACAGAUGAUUUGAAAGAUUUGGCAUUAAAAGCUCAAGAAAUGGAGAAAUACUAUUUCCUUGGAAGUGGCACUGAUAUCAUACAAUUCUCCAAUGAUAAGAUCAAUGAUUUGAAUACAAUACAAUCAAUUGUUUCAUUGGCAAUGUCUGAUACAACAAUUGUUUCUUCAACUUUUCUCAAAAUUUUGACAAAAAUGACACAAAACAAACAAAAUCUUGAUUUAAGCGGUUUGUUUAGAGUCAUUUUCCCUCAUCCCUCUUUCUUCAAGUUCGUUGUCAGCCAUGGUUAUUAUAAUUUAGCCACUUUGAACUCUUUGUUCUCUGAUUUAUUGACAAAUCCAGCAACAGCAGAAAUGAUACAGCCAACUAUUUCCAGGUAUAUCGCAAUGCUUCCUCAUGCUGACAAAGCAAUGCUCUCAUGUUAUUCAUUGCUUGGAGUCACUUCACCUCAAGGAUGCACAGCAAACAUUCCUUUAUUUGACAAACCAUAUAUUUCCAUUGUUUCCAAUUUCUUAACAAUGGUAAAAGAGCAGACAGAGAGCAGUAAGAUGACGUUCAUUCAAUCAUUCAAAGAAGCAAAUGCACAACAGAUAACGACAAUUUUAUUGGCACUUGUCAAUUGUUUCAUAAAACAAAGAAAAAUUGAUUACAGUUUGAUAAGUUUCUUGGCAAAUGUUUUGUCAAGACAUACAAGCCAAAUAAGUCCUGAUUCACUUAUAACAAAUACUAAAACAGCUCUUGAAAGUCUUGAAUACAACAUUUACAGUGUCAAAGAGUUUUCUUUAACACUUUACAAAUUCUUAGAUGAAUAUUUAUCCCAAGUACAAUUAAAACAAAGGGAUAGAUUGAUUUAUAUCUUGGAAUACUUGAGUCCUAAGCAUUGUCCAGGUUUCGCUUGUUGCUGGAUACAGCUUUGUCUUCACGCAACAGCUUUCCCUUCUUUUGUAAGAAGAAAUGACACAAAGUUUUCAUCAUUUUGUUUCAAUUUCAUAAUAACUUUGCAAUGGCUGGCAAGUUAUUAUCCUGAUGGCUUCUACAGGCCAAUACUAAGAUGUUUGCACUUGAUUUGCAAUGAUUAUCCUUUGUUCAUUUCCUCUUAUUACAUGCCAUUGAUCGAACAUCUUCCUCCUCAUUACAUACAAAUAAGAAACUUGAUUCUUUCUUGUUCUCCGCCUGAUUCGAAUUCUGCUUCGAAACAACCGAAUAUUUCAUUUAAUAUCGAAGAAUCUUUGGAUCAAAAAGGCUUGACAAGUGUUGUUAAGCAGUUUAUAAGAAGAGAACAUCAUAACAAAGAACAGUUUGAAGAUGGUUGCCAUGCAAUUCUUUCUGCUUUGACAGAUGCAAGUCAAAGACAAACUUUGUCAGUUAGAUUGUACUGGCAAUUAGUUCUGAAUAGUAUUACGAGAGUAACUGGAUCAAUAUGGACAGAAGAUAUGGUUUCUGGUACAACAGAUUUCAAGGAAUUGCCAAUUGUUAAAUUAUUCUUGAAAUUAUUCUCAUCAUUAAACGAAACUGGCCUCAAAAUGCUGACAUUCUCAUUGAUAGACUUGCUAAGAUUCCCAUCAAGUCAUACUUCUUUCGCUGGUGAACUAAUUUACUUCAUUUUCGAAAAUUCAAAUGAUGUUGUUUGCGAAAUUAUUUACACUGAACUGGCAAAGAGGUUGCUUUGUGUUACAAGUCCUCCUAGAUCAGUGAAAGCUCUUUAUUUGAGACUGAUGUCCACAUUCAAAUCAGAUAUCUCAGAACUGUUCAGAAAAGGUGGAGAAAAGAAAUAUUUCAUUCAGACAAAGAAGGCUCUUGAUUGUCUUAAUUAG